AUGUUCACCACGCUCAUUUCUGCUGCCGCUCUUUCUCUCCUCGCCGCCCGCGGUGCCAUGGCUGACUUCUCAGUCAACUCGACUGCGUUCACCCAGUGUGCGUCCACGCACAUCACUUGGUCGGGCACCUCCAACCCCGUGAACAUCCUGGUCGUCCCUGCCGAGGACCCUUGCGACGACACCCUCGCGGACCUCGGUGACCACUCCAAGACGUCCAUGAGCUGGAAUGUCAGCCUCCCCGCUGGCACUCAGCUUCUCAUCUCUGUUGAGGACUCGGAGGGCGAUGAGGCUUGGUCCGACACCAUCACCGUCCAGCCCAGCUCGGACGACUCGUGCUUGUCCGCGGCUCAGCGCGCGGCCCUUCCUGUUGUCAGCUCGUCGGCAUCUGCGGCGGCCUCCACUAUUGCCGUCUCCUCCUCGGCAUCGGCCGUUGUUCCCGAGUCCACCGCCGUCGCCGUCGUCACGGCCACCGAGUCCAGCGCCGCAUCGCCGUCCGUCACUGCUGGUGCGCUUGGUGCUGCCAAUGCCGGUAUUGGCCCGAGCGAGUCUUCCGCCGCCGGUCUCAGCCGUGCUCCCUUCGCCCUUGCGGGUGCCCUCGUGCUCGCAGGUGCCGCGCUUCUCUAA